AUGUUUUCCUUCCUUCGCGCAUCACGACGGUGUCCAAACCUCGUCUUCAAGCGUACGCUCGCCAACAUCCUCUCAGAAAACACCUCUCUCCAGGUCUACGACCCCAAUGCCGCCGCUGCUGCCACCCCCAAGCCAUCUACCGAACCCCCGCCGUCGCCCUCCACAUCCCAAAAAGUAGAAACGUCCAAAACACACGGCCUGUACGCCUUUUUCCGCCGGAAGCAGGGCGCGGACCUCGUUGGGGAGGACCAGUAUGACGUUCUCGGUGGAUCCUACGAGCAGGACGUCGUGAACAGGAGCGGACGCGCCUGGAAAGCCUCAGAGCUUCGCCUGAAGAGCUUCACCGAUCUGCACACGCUGUGGUACAUCCUUCUCCGUGAGCAGAACCUCCUUGCUACUCAGACGGAAGAGGUCCGGCGCGCAGGUAUCGCUCCUCGCAUGGUUCAGAUAGGGUUGGGGCCCAAGAAGCGAGAGUGUCGCCUGAGCAUGGCUCGCAUAAAGGUAGUGAUGAACGAGCGUCGACUGGCUUACCUCGGUGCUGUCCGGCUCGCUGAAGAGGAGAAGGAGGCCGAGCUCGACAGGGCCGUGUUGAAGCACCAAGUCACCCAGUUCAAUCGUGGUCGCAAGGUCCUCCGGAAACUCCAGGCAAAGCGCGUCGCCGCUGAAAGGAGAAAAGAACGUCUCGCCAGGCAAAGAGAGGCAAAGACAACUGCGUAGAUAUUUUUGCAAAUAGACGCGAUGAAAAUACGAAACUCAUGCCGAGGUGCCUACUGAGCGGAGAUGGGACGUUGUUGUCAUGUUAUAACACCAGCGUCAUUACCGACGUUACCGACAUGAAGGUCACAUAGGCUCACUUGUCGAAAGAGUUAUCAAGGACUACAGAGCUUCAAGCGAGUUUCACCUGUCAAGUGUUUACGAUAGCUAUAGCGACAGUGAAUGACCUUCGAAGCUAGUUCAGCAACAUAU